GUUUAUUAAGAAUGUAUAAGCAAAUAUAUUUAGACAUUUAAAUUCAAAAUCAAUGUGGCACGAAUGUUGUUGAAGUUCCAAAUUCCAUUAAAUAAUUUUUCAAGAGGAAUAACAAACAUUGGAGAAUAUCAAUAUGUGCAGAGGGAUGCAGUUAUGUAAAUGUAGGGCUCUAUGUUGAUACAAAUAAGGCAAUUUGAUAUGGAGCAAGUGAUCUGAUUAAAAGAGCUUCUAAAAUAGACUUAAAAAGCACCAACCAAGAAGGUUAAAAUUAAUGAGGAAAUGACUGGAAUGUAUGCAUAAAUUCAAGUUGCUACAAAUGUACAAUGAACAGUUAACUGGACCGAAGACACCGUUCGGUGCUCUAAAAUGUUUCGAUUUGAUCGGAAAAUAUUACGGGUCGAAGAUAUCGUUGAGCAAAGGAUGGGGAUAUGUCAUGCAACCGAAUCCAGAGCUGUGGACAAUCACUUUGCCACAUCGAACUCAAAUUAUAUACACUCCGGACAUAAGCAUGAUUGUACUGCAGCUGGAAAUUUCUCCAGGUAGUGUGGUGAUAGAAAGUGGAACAGGAAGUGGAUCUCUUUCACAUGCUUUGAUUAGGGCUGUAAAACCACAUGGACAUCUACACACCUUUGAUUUUCAUGAGGAUAGGGUCAAAACUGCUAGAGACGAAUUUCAGGAACAUGGAUUUGGAAAGUAUGUAACUGUAAAACACCAUGAUGUUUGUGUGAAUGGUUUUGGUGAUGAUUUGGACAACAAAGCAGAUGCAGUGUUCCUAGACCUGCCUCACCCAUGGCUGGCCAUACCACACACCGUAAAAUCAUUCAAAGACACUGGGGGCAGAAUUUGCUCAUUUUCUCCUUGCAUUGAACAGGUGCAGAAGAGUUGCCUAAUACUUUCGAAAUAUGGAUUCCAAGAGAUCCAAACUACAGAAGUGUUACAGACUCAAUAUAGUGUCCAACAGAGGACGUUGCCAGUAUUGAAUUUGGAGUGUUUGAAAGUCAGCAAAGAAGAAGCAGAGUUGGAAAAACAAAUAAAGAGAGAUGUGACAAAAGUGAUGUCAGCUAUUCCUCCUGCUAGUGUUCCUGGACAUACUGGAUACCUUACAUUUGCUACUAUGCCUCCAGUUUGGGCUAGGAAUGUACAACUUAACUUGAGUGACAUUGAUGAUUGUAAUAAUGAAUAAAACAUAUUUUUUGUACAAAAAUUAAUUUAGUAAAAUUUUAAUUUCUGCCAAACUGUUCUAAAAGCCACUGGCAAAAUGCAACUCUUCUAGGAUGAUCUUCAGGUUGUAAUGCUUGUAUCCAUUGAUACAUUUGUCAUUGUGUCUUCCACACUGUACUAUGAGAAACUUGAACUUGAGCUGCUAUGGCUCUAGUUACUCAUUGUUGGGUGGUCUUCGUCCAUUUAUAAAAUGUCAACUCCUUUUGACGAAUCCUAGAAGCAGUUAAACUAAAUGACUCAACUUUGAAAACACCCCGUAGUAGUAGGAAGUAGAACUUUUGAAGUUUGGCACACCAUGUAAAAGCGCUUGAGUGAACAAAC